AUUUCGUUCUUAAUAGUUCAACAUCCAAGCCUUGACUAGGUACUGAUAACUACUUACUAGGUAGAUAUCGCCGAACCUCUCUAAAAUAGAGAAUCAUACUAUCUUUAUCAAGAGCGAUGUCAUCCCUAGAGCUGUGUUGUGUGUGUUGGAAGAAGGGUGGCGAGCUCUGCGGUAGAUGCAAGAGUAGCUGCUACUGCUCUAAAGAGUGCCAGAAGGAAGACUGGAGCCUUCACAAGAAGGUCUGCCGCAUCGCUGCCGCCGCACCACCGAAGUCAGAACGUCCAUCUCCCUAUCACAUCCAAGCAAUCUUUUGCCCGGAGAACACAGACACUUAUGAGUUCGUCUGGGUCAAGUGCUUUCCUAAUCUCGAUCACCCGGAAGGCCCACGCUUCAUUCCCACCAAUGUCUCGAUCCGAGAUAUCUUCGGCAGAGACAAGAGCGGUAUCACAACCAACGGUUACUUUUGGGGACCUGGUCUACCUGGUGUCAUUUAUCCACAUCUGACAGCGAGUUUCUUCCCUGCGGAAAUGAAAUCCGGUAACAAUCGUCCACUCCUCAUUGUCGGCUCUGUGCACGAAUUUGGACUGCAUGGAGAUUCCCUGCCUCGCUUCGUGGAUGCAACUCUCGCAGAUAUGCGCGCGACCCGUGCAGGAGUUGCGCCGAUUCAAUUUGCGGUACAUUGGCCUGAAUGCCCUGACGAGUUAAAUUUCGAUGGUAUUAUCUAAAAAAUUCGCUGAGUUACGAACACAUUCAUAUUUUCAAGCUCGUAGUCCUCUCGCCAAUUUGCCAAGUCCAUCUCAACCUCUACGUCGCGGGUUCUAUCUGAACGUGGGAGCUAAACACGUGGUAGCGGACAUCGACGGAAUAUUCGCUACUUUGUAUUUAUUCUGGUUUAUGUGGUGGAUGCGAUCUUGCAAAUAUUAGGGGAAUGGGAGGACUUUCUCAUUCCCAAACCAUAAAAAAGGAGAUAGGAAAAAGCAGUUUAUGAUUUGAGAAUGGGUCUGGCAAAUGAUGAUUUCUUAGCUAAAUAGAUGCGAC